AUGACUCGGCGGUUCCCGAUCUGGCAAACGCUGACGGAACUCACCAGGCACAGCGACAGUACGAAGCUGAAGCCGGCGCUUACAACGACUACCUGGAAAUUCCCGCCGAAGUCCGUCAGCAUCAAGCACAGCCUAAAAACUCUCAAAGUGAAACAGUACCUGUCUGGAACGGAGUCAACAACAAGUUUGCUACUCAUUGUCCGUGACUCAGCUGACGAGACUUACAUAAAUGAUAAUGUCCUUCUGGAAAACUAUAUCCAUGGAGAGAAUACCCUUAGCUCUGUAAGCGAUUGGCUGUUCCAGAAGAAAGCUUCAUUACCUGCUUAUGAUGUGGCCUACCUAAUGACAGGCAAGGACAUGGCUGAUGUGGAAUCUGGCAUGAUUCAGAAGGGCUUAGCUGGCAUUGCCUGGAAAGGAGCCGCAUGUGUUGUGGCCAGCGCUAACAAACGCUCUUUCAACACUGGCAUGGGUGAGGAUAUGGGCGCUUACUAUGUGGGCGUGAUGACUGCCGCCCAUGAAGUAGCACACAAUCUUGGCUCUCCUCAUGACGGCAAAGAUGGAGCAGAAGCUUGUUCGUGGGACGACGGCUACAUAAUGAGCUACGUUUCAGGUAAACCCAACAAGCUGUUCUUUUCGUCAUGUUCACAGAAACUGAUGAAGGACUAUAUGAGCAGUGGCGACGCUGCCUGCCUUCAGACCACCCAAGUGGGAGAGAAAAUUCCUCUGUCUUCCCAGCUGCCAGGUGAAAUGGUCUCCAUGGACGAACAGUGCCAAAAGCAAACUGGCAAGUCGGAAGCCUUUGCGUCCAAAUCCGUGUCUGAAGACUCUGUGUCCAGCUCGUAUGCCAGUGGCAGGUGA